AUGGAUAUCGGUCUGGAGUUCUGCGAUACUUAUAUCUUCGAUUACCUGUACGCGGCGGCCUUCCCAGCCCAGCCGGCUGCCUACAAUUUGAAAGAUGGCAUGAGCAAUUCGUCGAUGCUGGAUGCUCGGGGCGCGUCGCAGUGGCAAUUCCACCCCGCCAGUCAACUGGUAUCUUUUCCACCCACAGACGCCGCGUACGCUACGCAAUGGACGAGGGAUAAUGUAUAUCGACAAGCGCUCUCGCUGUGUCUGAUUACCUGGUUCGGUGGCGCCGCAAUCUACUUCAUAGUUUCCACGCUCUCCUACAUCUUCAUCUUCGACAAGACAACUUUCAAGCACCCCAAAUUCCUCAAGAACCAGAUCCGAAUGGAGAUUCGCCAGGCCGCGUCCGCCAUGCCCUUCAUGGCCAUCCUCACCACGCCCGCCUUCGUCGCCGAAGUGCUCGGCUACUCGAAACUGUACGACGCCUUCUCCGACGAGCCCUUCCCAUAUUACAACUGGCUGCAAUUCCCAUUCUUCCUCCUCUUCACGGACUGCUUCGUCUACUUCAUUCACCGGGGUCUGCACCACCCCUGGGUCUACAAGACGCUGCACAAGCCGCACCACAAGUGGAUCAUGCCCACGCCCUACGCAUCGAUCGCCUUCCACCCCGUCGACGGCUUCCUCCAAUCCGUGCCCUACCACGUCUUCCCAUUCAUCUUCCCACUCCAGAAACUCGCAUACCUCGCGCUCUUCGUCUUCGUCCAGAUCUGGACCGUGUUCAUCCACGACGGGGAGUACGUAGCCAACAGCCCGAUAUUAAACGGCGCCGCUUGUCACACCAUGCACCAUCUUUACUUCAACUAUAACUACGGCCAGUACACCACGCUGUGGGAUCGACUAGGCGGCAGCUACCGCAAGCCAAACGAGGAGUUGUUCCGCCGCGAGAGCAAGAUGGGGCAGAAGGAGUGGGAGAGACAAUCUCGGGAGAUGGAGAGACUAGUCAAGGAAAUCGAGGGCGAGGAUGAUAGGACAUAUGAGCCUGAGACGAAUUCGAAGAAAGAUAUCUGA